UUCGGAGAAAUCUAAGCGAGGAUGACACAGCAUAGUCGACACGAAACAUACAAGAGGCAAUGGAACAAGAAACAAGAAACAUAUGUAUCCUAUAGAUCAACAAUGCCCUCAAUAGUGAGAGUCCGUUGUUUCAUAAAUAUUAAUCACUUUCUUAUAAUUCAACGACUUAUAUGUAACAGUUCCACGUACCUCAAGUCCAACGAUGGUCAAAACUGAGAAGGACCAGGGUUUCAUGCCCGUCCGCUCCAACGAAGACUCGGAAAAGGUGCCCGAUGUUAUUGAAGAGUCAGACCAUCGAGGCAACUGGUCAAGGAAGCUGGACUUCUUUCUGUCCUGCCUGAGCUACGCAGUCGGCCUAGGCAACGUCUGGAGGUUCCCGUACGUCUGCUAUAAAAAUGGAGGCGGUGCUUUUCUUAUUCCUUUUGCAGUGAUGCUCUUUAUAACUGGAAUUCCAAUGGUUUUUCUGGAGCUAUCAUUUGGACAAUUUGCUAGUUCUGGUGUCGUCUCUAUUUGGUCGGUGUCUCCUUUCUUUCAAGGUGUCGGCUGGGCAAUGUUCAUUGUCUCCUGCCUCAUCGCCAUCUAUUACAACAUGAUCAUUGCCUGGACCCUGUACUACUUGUUUGCCUCAUUCCAAGAGAGAUUACCCUGGAGCUACUGUGGUGAUUGGAGUUCUGAAAACUGUCUUGCUGACCAUGCUGUCAUGUACAACUGUACUUUUCACAAUGGUGUCUGGUUAAAUGAAACCUGCUACCACAGUGGUCAAGUGAAUGAAUCAUACUUCAACUACAUCCAGGGACUGGCCAAUUCUACUAAUGUCCAGUACACUUCUUCCAGUGAUGAGUACUUUCAUAAAGUUGUUCUAGAUAUUACAAAAGGAAUUGAAUCUAUUGGAGGUGUGAAGUGGGAGCUAGCACUAUGUCUUCUUCUAGCAUGGACUUUAGUCUGCAUUUGUUUGGCAAAAGGCAUCAAGUCCUCAGGAAAGGCUGUCUACUUCACUGCAUUCUUCCCUUACCUUGUCCUCACUAUCCUGUUGGUCAGGGGAUUAACUCUUCCGGGUUCAAAAGAAGGAAUUCUAUACUACCUCAUUCCAAAAUGGGAUCAGCUUUUAAAUGCAAAGGUCUGGAAAGAUGCUGCUGUUCAAAUAUUUUUCUCUCUGUCUCCAUGUUGGGGUGGACUGAUUACUCUAGCCAGCUACAACAAAUUUAAAAACAAUUGUCUUUUUGAUGCUGUGCUUGUAUCCAUUCUUGAUUCAUUGACAAGUGUGUUUGCUGGACUUGUAAUAUUUUCAAUCAUUGGAUACAUGGCCCAUGAGUUACAUCAAUCUGUGGAAAAUGUUGCUAGAGAUGGCCCUGGACUUGCUUUUAUUGUAUAUCCUGAAGUGGUUACAAAACUGCCAGUCUCCCAACUCUGGUCAGUUCUCUUCUUCUUAAUGCUGAUAACUCUCGGACUGGGAACACAGAUUGCAACAGUUACCACAGUCCAUACCACUAUACUAGACACUUUCACAGAGUUUUUCAGACCUGGCAAGAGAUCCUUUAUACUGCUAUUGAGCAUUGCUGUAGUUGGAUAUCUGAUAGGUUUAUCUUUCUGCACACAGGGUGGAAUGUAUGUUGUGCAAUUAUUUGAUAACUACGCAGCCACAUAUUCAUUACUGUUUAUAGGACUGAUUGAGUGUUUAGCCUUAUCCUAUGCCUAUGGUGCAAACACUUUCUUAGAUAACAUUGAACUGAUGCUAGGGAGGAGACCCAGCAUGCUGUGGAAAAUAAGUUGGAGCUUUCUAACUCCUGCAGCCUUAUUAACCAUCUUAAUUUUCACUGCAGUAGACUUUGAUCCCACAAGUUAUGGAGAUUAUGUGUUUCCAACAUGGGCAGAAGUGGUUGGCUGUUUUAUCACAAUUUUGUCUAUAUCAGCCAUACCAUUAGUAGCCUUAUGUAAGGUGGUUCAAGGAUUGAUACGACUACCAAAUAUAGGAUUGUUGGAGGUUAUAAAAAUGAUGAUGAAACCAACCAAUGAAUGGGGCCCUCGGUUAAAAGAACAUCGUGAACUCAUGAAAGUCUCACCAGAUACUUAUGAAUCUCAGAGAUGCAUGAUGCUCAAUGACUUUAGUAGUGAACGCAGUUGAGUUUAGCUAAUGCUAAUCUACAGAAAGCAUUAAUUUGAGAAUCACACUGUACACAGACUCAUUGAUACAUUUUCUGUACUGAUAACUAUAGCCUGAAUAGAAUAAGCUAUAUAUAUAUAUUCUUUCUAUAGUAUCUAAAGUCUAAGUUACUUGUAUUAUUUAAGUAUCUAUAAUAUCCUAAGUCUUAGUAGGCUAAGAACCAUUCAUCUAUUGUCUACAUUUUAUGUCCCUUGUAUUUGUUUAAUAUUAUCUAUGAUAUUCAAAUUCUUAAUUGGCUAAAUCACUUCCAUGCUGUCAAUACAAAAAGUCUAGAAGGGCUUUGGUGAUCUUUGAAGAUCUAUUGCUUAUUAUACACUUAUUCACUUGUACAAUUAUUAUAAGCAUUAAUUAGAUCUAUUGCCUUUUACAGCAGCAUCAACUUAUUACAUUAUUUGAUAUUUUGUGCUGUUGUGAGGCCAUCGACUUGUUAGGAUAUUGGUGUAUCUAGUUAUCAUGUAUUAAUAAAAUUAUUUUUGUAAUAAACAAUAUCAGUAAUAUUUAAAUGCAAAGAAAUAUCUAUUUUAUCAGCCAUCUUAAUCUAAUAUAAUUAAUCUUGUUGAUGACCUCAUGAAAGAUAGAUUUGGUGUUUUUUCUUUGAAAAAAGAAACUGCAGUCCAACCUUUAUAUUAUUCUAUGAUGACACAUGCUAAGGUUGACUGCACUGCUGGUUUAAAAAAAAAAAAAGUAUUACACAGGCAACAAACUUCAGCAGAUAAGGUUUUGAACAGUAUGUGCUUCACAGAGACAUGUUGACAUGAUUGUAAUGUUAGAUUGUACAUGACAUGUAAUAUAUUUGGGGCCUUUUUGUUUAUGUCUAUUAGUUUCUUCUCUACUGUUGCAAAAAUGUAAGUCUUCACUUCUCUAAAGCUUUCACAAAUAUGUUAUCAGAGAAAAUAGGACGAAUUGAGAAAUUAGAAAAUGAUUUAAACAUUUAUCAGUUAAAUGUCAUCCAAUCUUUUUUAAUAAAGUUUUAAAAACACUGCAUAGAUAUUUAUAAUUUUUAAUGUUUCAAUACUGAUAUUUAGACUUUAAAUAUAAGAAUUGAUUCAGCAAAUACAUUUAACCUAGCCCUAACUUGGUGAGUUUGAGAAAAUAUUUGGUGGAGGUUAUGUAGUCCUGAACUAGCUAUUAUUGUCCAGUUCAAUCUAGGCUAGCUAUUUUACACAGGUUAUAGUCUGACUCCCAGUGGCAUGAGUCUCAUUCUUGUCAUUUCAGCCUCUCAUUCAAAUGGGUUAAGGAUUAUUAAUAUGACACUUUAUGCUUAAGUAUUAGAAGACAUUCUUUUCUUCUGAAAACACCAGCUUGAUUUUCUCUUUGUGCAUGCAACCCAAUAGACUUGCACCUUUAAGAAGCUCUAAGCCUUUCAAGUGUUCAUUUCUCACAGCUUUUUAUACCAUAAUGAAGGUGCUUUAGGUUAUGUUUACAUACAAGGGAAAGCCUGGUAAUAGGUGCAAAGCAUUUUCUCUCACUUUAUCCAUUUAUGUUUCUAGUAUAAUAUAUAUAAUUUUUAGUGUGAUUCCAAUAAUUAAAAAUGCAGUUGAUGCUUUCAGAUAAACAGUGUCAGAUUCUAUUUUAGAAUUUUUAUUGAAGUUUUUAAUAUAUUUGUUUGUUCUACAAAAAAAGUUCUAUUUAUGUUAUAUAUCAUUUGAAUUCUUUUCUAUUUAAUUGAUAUAGAGUAGGCAGGUUGAUGGUGUUCUUUAUUUGUAGGUCUAGUGUUUUUGUUUUUAUACUUUACCUCCAUUUCAUAAUGUGAUACAUUGUUUAUUUUGUUUUUAUUUGUUAUGCUAUACAUUGUGUAGUAAGUAGAGUACCUCUGUCAGACCUUGGGAUGCUAUAGGGCAGAUUAUGUCCAAGUCAUUUGUUUCUAUGGCUGACAAGGGUGUCAUGUGGCCAGCACAUCUACCAACUGAUUUACUUUCCCCAACUUUUAUCAGAUACCCAUUUACGUUGGAUGAAUCCCGACAUAAAAAAUCCCAGUUUUUACCAAGAUUUGAACUUGGGUUCCCACGGUUUGGAGGCCAAGUGCUUUACCACUCAGCCCCCAUGGCCUCCUAUUUCAACAGGACUAUUUAUACUUGUAUUCUUCUAAAAAAGUUAGGAUAAUAAUUUGUUAUUUAUUAAAUACCUCGGUAAGGAUUUGUUUUAUAAUUUUAUAUAUAGAUAAGCCCAUUAUUUAAAUUACUUUUUAAUUUUAAAAAAAUGAUGCUCUUUUUCUUUUCUAGCAACUGAUUUUUUUUUAUCCAACAUAUUCUUAGUUUGAAUGAAAACUGAUUAAAAUGUUAAACUUAUUUAUGUUCACAACUACAAGAGGAACACAAGAGGAAAUCCUCCUUCAGUGUUCUGGGUGUAACAAACUUGCUAGCAGUUAGAUAGUAGAUCUUAUUCUCCAAAACUUUUGUAACACUUGUGUUAGCUGUUGGAAACCUAUCUAGUAUUAAAAAUACUUGAAUGCUUUUUCUUUAUAUUAUGAUAUGAGUAUUAUAUUAUAUUUCUGAGCUGUUCUUUUGGUGCCCCAUUCUGUUGUUACUGCCAAUAUAUUAUAAAUAAAAUAUUAUCUAGGUCUGUCUUGUAGUGUUCAAAUAUUGUACUAAUGAACAUGAACAAAUAUUUAUACACUUAAAAAGGCCUUGGGAAAAUUAUUUUUUUUUAAAUUAUAUUUUAUUCAUAGGCUUAGGAUAAGGUAUAUUUUUUGUUUCAGUUUUAAUAUUUUUACUGGAAAAUUUCUAAUUUGGUAUCAUAUUUUAAUUUGUUCAAAACAAAAAUAUUCAAGAUAAGCCUAACAAUUGUAUUUCUUGAGGUGUUAAUGAACAAAUCUUGAUUUUGAAAGGACAGAAGUAUAAGAUAAAGUAAGUCAUAUGCACACUGUGUUGCACAGUAAAACUUAAAAAAUAUUGUUCGGCCCUAUGUAAAUGAACAUAUCAGUAUAACCAAGUAUUUACUUGAAUUAAUUUAUGACUAAAUUGUUACUAGUCAAAAGUGAUGUAUUAGAAUUUAAUUUAUAUAUUUUUGUUUAGCUAUAUCAUUGUGUUGUUUUGUAUUAUGGUUUGCCAUAUAUUAUUAGUGUGUCUGGUAAGGGAGGUGUUCACUUAUAAUUCGUUCCUUUCUGUAGAGCUAUUUUUAUAUUAUCAAUUUGAAUCUGUUUAGAGCUGUUAAUAUUUGACUUUAAGAUUUGUACAAGUUAAUUAAUAUUUGACUUAUUGAUUUGUAUAAGUUCAUAGAAUAGUGCAACGUUAUAUUUACUUCAGAUUGAUUCAACAUAAUUAUUUUUUUAAAUGAAAGCAUUAAUAAGCUGUCAUCUUGUUCAAUGUUUGGCCAAUGUGACUAAUGUUUUUACAAUGCAAUGUCCAAAAGAUUUUUCAAAAAUUGAUAAAAAGAGUUGCUAGACGGCAGAAUUUGUAAAAAGACUGAAGUUCACAAUUAAAUAAAAAUAGAUUUUUUGCUACUACUUAUAAUAAGGUAAAAAUAUAUUUAAAAUACUAACCUGAGUAGAAAAUAAUUAGAAACACAAGUCACCUGUUUGUUAAGGUCCAAAAGACAUGACGUGUUAAAUUAACUAGAAUAUCUUUGUUGAGCAGCAUUUAAAUUGAUGGACAUUAAAAUGUUGAACUGCUAUUGACAUUUACCUACAUGCUAGUUCAUUUCAUUAGAGAACAAGUUUUGAAGGAAUACCUACAAGUCUGUAAGAUUGGUAAAUGUUUAUACACUUUAACAAUAAUUCUUAUUGGCUUUGGCUGUAAAUUAAAUAAAAAGGUAAUGUGCUGGGAAUAUUUAGUCAAUUAACAUUUGUUAAGCAUUUAUCCAAUUUAUGGUUGAGUUUUCACAAGGAAAAGUGUCAGAUUGAUGAUUUGUAAAAACUUUGGGUGUCAACUGUGUAUCAACUUUUGCUGUAGAAACUGUGCAAACUAUAUGUAUGGUACUGGAUAAGAUCGAAAAAUAUGUUUAUAUAUAAUAAAAAAGAUUCCUAUUCUAUCUCAAAGCAUUGAAAUAUUUCAUGAUUGGAAAAAAAUGUGUGCUAAUAUUAUUUUUAAGUUAUAAAUGAACAUUGUAUUUUGAGCUAUAGUUUCAUGAUCAGUAUUAACAUAUUCAAAUUAAAUAAAGACUUCAAUUUUUUCA